AUGAGUGUGGAGGCGUACGGGCCGAGCUCCCAGACCCUCACCUUCUUGGACACCGAGGAAACGGAGUUGCUCGGAGCAGACACCCAGGGCUCCGAGUUCGACUUCACUGACUUCACGCUCCCCAGCCAGACGCAAACUCAAGGCCAGACCCAGAGCCAGCUGGACUGCCAGGUAAAUGGUCCAGAUGAGGGUCUUCUCAACGGUGGAGUGGAUGACCCCGUGGGCAAGACCAGCCAGUUGUUGGGCGAACUCAACUUUGAAGAGGAUGAGGAAGACACGUAUUACACCAAAGACCUACCUGUGCACGCUUGCAGCUACUGUGGUAUACACGACCCAGCGUGCGUGGUGUAUUGUAAUACCAGCAAGAAGUGGUUCUGUAAUGGCCGUGGCAACACAUCUGGAAGCCACAUUGUGAACCACAUGGUGAGGGCGAAAUGCAAAGAAGUGACUCUGCACAAGGAUGGGCCACUGGGCGAAACAGUGCUGGAAUGUUACAACUGUGGCUGCCGCAAUGUCUUCCUCUUGGGCUUUAUCCCAGCUAAAGCCGAUUCUGUGGUGGUGCUUCUUUGCAGGCAGCCCUGUGCUAGCCAGAGCAGCUUGAAGGACAUCAACUGGGACAGCUCCCAGUGGCAGCCACUGAUCCAGGACCGCUGUUUUCUGUCCUGGCUGGUGAAGAUCCCAUCAGAGCAGGAGCAACUUCGGGCACGUCAGAUCACUGCCCAGCAGAUCAAUAAGCUGGAAGAACUCUGGAAGGAUAAUCCCACGGCUACCUUGGAGGACCUGGAGAAACCGGGCGUGGAUGAGGAGCCUCAGCACGUGCUGCUGCGCUAUGAGGAUGCCUACCAGUAUCAAAACAUCUUUGGCCCUCUGGUCAAACUGGAGGCCGACUACGACAAGAAGCUUAAAGAGUCUCAGACCCAAGACAAUAUAACAGUCAGGUGGGACCUUGGGCUGAACAAAAAGCGGAUUGCCUAUUUCACACUGCCUAAGACAGAUUCAGGUGAUAUGCGGCUGAUGCAGGGCGAUGAGAUCUGCCUGCGGUACAAGGGAGACCUGGCCCCGCUGUGGAAGGGCAUAGGCCACGUCAUCAAAGUCCCUGACAACUACGGGGAUGAAAUUGCGAUUGAGUUGCGGAGCAGUGUUGGAGCACCUGUGGAAAUCCCACACAACUUCCAGGUGGACUUUGUUUGGAAAUCCACUUCCUUUGACAGGAUGCAGAGUGCCCUGAAAACCUUUGCGGUAGACGAGACCUCUGUGUCCGGCUACAUAUACCACAAACUUCUGGGCCACGAAGUUGAGGACGUCACCAUCAAAUGCCAGCUGCCGAAGCGCUUCACUGCCCAGGGCCUGCCAGACCUCAAUCACUCACAGGUGUAUGCUGUUAAGACGGUGCUGCAGAGGCCUCUGAGUCUGAUCCAGGGACCUCCCGGAACUGGGAAGACUGUCACAUCUGCCACAAUUGUCUAUCACCUGUCCAGACAGGGCAACGGGCCUGUUCUGGUGUGCGCUCCUAGCAAUAUUGCCGUGGACCAGCUGACCGAGAAGAUCGACAAGACCGGCCUGAAAGUGGUCAGGCUGUGUGCUAAGAGCCGAGAGGCCAUCGAGUCCCCCGUGUCUUUUCUGGCACUGCAUAACCAGAUCAGCAACAUGGACAGCAUGCCGGAGCUGCAGAAGCUGCAGCAGCUGAAGGAUGAGACCGGAGAGCUGUCGUCCGCCGACGAGAAGCGCUACAGGGCUCUGAAGCGUACUGCCGAGAGGGAGCUGCUGAUGAACGCUGAUGUGAUUUGCUGCACCUGUGUUGGAGCCGGAGAUCCCCGUCUGGCCAAGAUGCAGUUCCGCUCCAUCCUCAUUGACGAGAGCACCCAGGCCACUGAGCCCGAGUGCAUGGUGCCGGUGGUGUUGGGGGCCAAACAGCUCAUUCUUGUUGGUGACCACUGCCAGCUGGGUCCAGUCGUGAUGUGCAAGAAAGCAGCGAAGGCUGGCCUCUCUCAGUCCCUGUUUGAACGAUUGGUGGUUCUCGGAAUCCGACCAAUCCGCCUGCAGGUCCAGUACCGCAUGCACCCGGCGCUCAGUGCUUUCCCCUCCAACAUCUUCUACGAGGGGUCCCUUCAGAACGGUGUCACUGCAGCUGAUCGCAUCAAGAAAGGGUUCGACUUCCAGUGGCCUCAGCCAGAUAAGCCCAUGUUCUUUUAUGUGACGCAGGGUCAAGAGGAAAUCGCCAGCUCUGGAACCUCAUACCUUAACAGGACCGAGGCGGCCAACGUAGAGAAAAUCACCACUAGGCUGCUGAAGGCGGGAGCCAAACCUGACCAGAUUGGCAUCAUCACCCCGUACGAGGGUCAGCGCUCAUACCUGGUCCAGUAUAUGCAGUUCAGUGGCUCCCUGCACACCAAACUCUAUCAGCAAGUGGAAAUUGCCAGUGUGGAUGCCUUCCAGGGCAGAGAGAAGGACUUCAUCAUCCUGUCCUGCGUCCGCGCCAACGAGCAUCAGGGCAUCGGCUUCCUGAACGAUCCUCGCCGUCUCAACGUGGCGCUCACCAGAGCCAAAUAUGGUGUGAUCAUCGUGGGGAACCCCAAAGCCCUCUCCAAGCAGCCGCUGUGGAACAACCUGCUCAACAACUACAAGGAACAGAAGGUCCUUGUGGAGGGACCCCUCAACAACCUGAGAGAGAGCCUCAUGCAGUUCAGCAAGCCGCGCAAACUGGUCAACACCAUCAACCCCGGGGGGCGUUUUAUGAGCACGGCCAUGUACGAUGCCCGUGAGGCCCUCAUCCCCGGCUCUGCCUACGACCGCAGCAGCGCUGCCGGGCGUCCCUCCAACAUGUACUUCCAAACACACGACCAGAUCGGGAUGAUUGGGGCAGGCCCCGGUCACAUGGCCGCUAUGAAUAUCCCCAUACCCUUCAACUUGGUGAUGCCUCCAAUGCCUCCACCCAGUUACUUGGGUCAGACUAACGGCCCUGCUGCAGGUCGUGGUGCUAUGAAGGGAAAGCCAGGAAGGACUGGGCGACAAAGGAUGCGUGGCUCCGGGAGCCAGGGUAACGGGCUGAUCAGCCAGGUCAGCCAGGACGGGGCCUCCCAGUCCUUCUCUCAGGGACCACUGACACAGGGUUACAUCUCGAUGAGCCAGCCCUCUCAGAUGAGCCAGCCUGGCCUCUCCCAGCCAGAGUUGUCCCAGGACAGUUACCUGGGCGAUGAGUUCAAGUCCCAGAUCGAUGUGGCUUUGUCCCAGGACUCAACUUACCAGGGCGAACGUGCCUACCAACAUGGCGGCGUGACUGGACUGUCACAGUACUAA